GUGUUUCUGAGUUGAAAUCGCAUCCACUGCUGGUCGCCGUAGAGGAAAUGUCCGUCUCGUUUCUUUUGUUGUGAUGAUUUUUUUAUUAUAAAAGAAGAAAGAGAAACAUUGCGGAUUUCUAUUUAACCAGGGACGGUUUAGUUGUACUUAUACUAAACAAAUCUACAUCUAUUGUUUGCUAUAAUGAGUGGAGGAGUGUAUGGCGGGGACGAGGUCGGUGCGCUGGUGUUUGAUAUCGGGUCCUACUCUGUGAGGGCUGGAUAUGCAGGAGAGGACUGCCCCAAGGCUGACUUCCCCACUGUGAUUGGCGUGACUGUGGACAGAGAAGAUGGCACUACGCCCAUGGAAACAGACGGGGAUAAAAGCAAGCAAAGUGGAACGACAUAUUACAUUGACACCAACCAGCUCAGGGUGCCACGGGAAAACAUGGAGGUCAUGUCACCUCUGAAAAAUGGCAUGAUUGAAGAAUGGGACAGCUUUCAGGCCAUUUUGGACCACACUUACAGAAUGCACUUCAAAUCUGAACCUAGCCUGCAUCCCGUACUGAUGUCAGAAGCCUCUUGGAACACACGAGCCAAGAGGGAAAAGCUGACUGAGCUUAUGUUUGAGCAUUACAACAUCCCUGCUUUCUUCUUGUGUAAAACAGCUGUCUUAUCGGCCUUUGCAAAUGGACGAUCCACUGGUUUAGUGUUAGACAGUGGUGCGACACACACGACCGCUAUUCCAGUGCAUGAUGGUUAUGUCCUGCAACAAGGCAUUGUCAAGUCCCCACUCGCAGGUGACUUCAUGAGCAUGCAGUGCAGAGAGCUGUUUCAAGAAUUAAGCGUUGAAAUCAUUCCCCCAUACAUGAUUGCAUCAAAGGAUUCAGUACGUGAAGGUUCACCAGCCAGCUGGAAGAAGAAAGAAAAACUACCUCAAGUUACUCGCUCAUGGCAUAACUACAUGUGUAAUACUGUUAUUCAAGAUUUUCAGGCCUCCGUCUUGCAAGUCUCAGAUUCACCUUAUGAUGAACAGGUGGCUGCUCAGAUGCCGACCGUUCACUAUGAGCUCCCUAACGGUUACAACUGUGACUUUGGAGCCGAACGGCUGAAGAUUCCUGAGGGCCUUUUUGACCCUUCUAAUGCAAAGGGCCUGUCAGGAAACACCAUGCUUGGAGUAGGCCAUGUUGUGACCACCAGUGUUGGCAUGUGUGACGUUGAUAUCCGACCGGGACUGUAUGGCAGUGUGAUAGUAACUGGAGGAAACACACUCAUCCAAGGAUUUACAGACAGACUAAACAGAGAACUGUCUCAGAAGACACCACCGAGUAUGCGCUUGAAGUUAAUAGCCAACAACACGACCCUGGAGCGCAGGUUUAGUGCCUGGAUCGGAGGAUCUAUCCUGGCAUCACUGGGAACAUUCCAACAAAUGUGGAUUUCUAAGCAAGAGUAUGAAGAAGGAGGGAAGCAGUGUGUAGAGAGGAAGUGCCCUUGACCAACUUAAGCAGCUUUGUUGCCUUUUGAUUCUUCAAUUAAAAAAAAAGCAUCUUGGUAGAACAGGCCUUCUUAGUGGACUCAGGAACAUAAAUUAUACAAAGAUUAGUUCCGCUUUCUUAUUCAAUGUUUUUGAUUUUAUAACUCUGUAAUAAUUGUCAUGGUCACACUUUUUUCUAUACUCGUGUUUUUUUGUUGUUGUGUGUUUUUCGUUUCACAGCCCAGAGGAAAGAUUAAGUUCUGUAUUUUAGAUAAUACUUGUCAUCUGACACAUUUAAGAGUAAACUAUGACCCUCAAAUUGCAGAGAAAAUGAUGAAGCAAUAUAUUCAGUCAACUACUUGUGUUUUUAAUCAGUGAUUGGCCGUUUUGAAAAUAAAGGUUUUUGUGACAGCUUCAUGUUA